ACCAACUCAACAUCAACAACAUCGCGAUAAGAAGUCCAACCCCACCCACCACAACCGUAAAGCAUUUCCCCAUCCGUGUCACAGAUACGUCCCUAUCUCGGGACUAUCAAUCCUACGUCACCCUUCCCGCGAUAACGCUACUGUACCCCGCGUUUCGACUCUCAUUCGACUAUCCUAAAAGGGUUAUGUUAACCCGCAGGCGUCCUCGAAAUGUAACCAAAUUUGGGUUUCACUGGCGUUUAUCUUUUGAGAUGCUCUGACGAUAUUCUUUUGGGAGAGUUGACGUAGAAACAGGUUGCAUAAAGAAAAGAUGGCUGCUGUGUAGAUGGUCGUGACUCUGUAAAUCCUCGAUAUCACUGUUGUUUGUGAGGAUAUUCUUCAUCAUGCUUGUCUUUUCAGAGAGUCUUCAUCCUAAUACGGUUCAUACUGUACUUGUUGUAUCGUUUUGUGCCAGUGCUUGUGCGUGUUUGGGUCUUUUGGCUCAUGCUCUUGUGUACAAGCGAAAGGCUCUCAAUCGAUAUGCGUAUCCCUCAUCUCCUCCACCAGAACCUGUGAAGAAGACUGCACCUGUAGACUAUACCACUGUCUAUCCUCCGUCUCAGCGACAUGUUCUCCCUGAGAUAUCGCCAGACUUCGGCUCUGACGAUGUUGACCUUUCUGUGGCAUCAAAGCCUCUUCUGAGGUUGGAUGAGGACUAUCGCCAUGCGAAUCCCAGUACAUUCAACUUCACCAGCUUCAGUGUUCACGAGAUCCGAAGACUGGGAGAUUUCCCCGAUUAUGCAAAGCUGUCAGGUGUUCCCUUACCAGAGCCUCUCAAGAACUUCAAUGUCGAUAAAGCAUUACCCAGACCUUAUCGUCCAUUUCGGUGGGCUUAUCACCAGACUAUGUCUUUGAAGAAAAUGGACCCAGACUUCUGGCUGGAGAUAGAGAACACAUAUCGCGAACGCAUCGCCCAGCGACAAACCCUCUACGCAAAGCACGGGACGGGUGUCCUCCAGGCCUUACCUGGCUCUGAGCUCGCAUGCAAAGAGCUCAUGGAGAUGGUCAUCCAAUUCCUAUGUGCGCGAUACCCACAAGCAUUUGAAGUCCACGGCAAGAUAUUCGUCAAUCAUAUUCUGGGAGUAAAACAGGAUCUUGAUCAGACUGAGCCGCUGCUCUUCCUUCUCAAUCACGUUCCUGAGGAUUUUGCGCUUACACUGCGAGAUCCUGCUACCGGACGGUACUGCUUCAGAGCAGGCGUUAUUUGUUCUUCUGUCGGAUGGAAGUUAAGCGAGAAGAUUGGCCUGGGAUUGCCGGAGAUACAUGCUCCGGUGCCUGAUUACAAGGAGAAGAUGGAGUUUAGCAUGGAUCGAUUCUUCACCAAAAUGCCUACCAAUAGUCCCAUCCAGCGCGGAUCCUGGGGUCUCGAAGUCGGACAACCGCUCUUCAUCCCCUCAGAAGACCCCGAGUUCAAGACUCGAGAAGUUCAAAACCCUUCCCUAACCGAAGAAGAUAUUUCCCUUCGAGUUGACUGGCAGACCUUACGUCGCUUGCCUCUCUCCGGUGCCAUUGUCUUCAACUUCAAGGCUCUGUUCACGCCAAUGACUGAGUUCAGAGAUGAGCCUUAUGUACCUUCUCUGAUCCUGAAGGUGUUAAAUGAGGGCAAGGAAAAUAUUAUGAAGUACAAGGGAACGUGGCAUGUUGAGCAUGUUACGAAGCCGACGCUGAGGAAAUGGGAGAGGGAGCAGAUUGGGAAGGGUUUGAUCCCUGCGGAUUGGGAGGUUACUACGUUGGCUGAGAAUCCGUUCUUCCCGGGGUGGGAGAGGAAGUGGACUGUCAAUUGAGUGAAGUGGUGGAUCCGAAGAUCUUAUUUAGCGAUUUUAAUUUAUUUGUUAUUAAUUUCGCAAGCUCUGAGCUCAAUACCUCGUGAUGGCUUCAUUCUACAAGUUGAUAUAGUUGGACAAGGG